UAUUAAAAAAAUUGCUAUCAAAUUCAUUGGAUAUCCUGGCUCAGUUUCUACUCUUAGUAUUACCAUUACCCUUAAGGAAUUAGAUCUUUUUUACAAAAUUGAAGUUCUAGCUAAUAUUCAAUCUUUAAAAGAUGAAGAUUUUAUUGCAAAUAAGUACCUAUU